AUGGAUGAAUCCGAAAAGUUUGUAGUGCUAGGGCCUGAGGAAGCUCUUUUAGCUGAGAGGCAAGUGGAACAAAUGGCUUGCGCUACCAAUCAGAAACGGACAGCCCUGGGGCUACCUACUUCAGUCGGAGAUCACAACCAUUCGGCAAUGCCUCUCAAUCAACAGGUUCUCGACGAUAUCGAAGUCAUACUGACGGUGGCGGCCAAGUCGAGAAACAUGAAAGACCCGUUUCAACGUGCCUUAAAGGAUGCAACCACGUUAAUAGAAUCAGUCGUAGAUGUCCUACAUAAGAGAUCAGUGAAUGAUGAAAUGGCGAAAUUGUAG